CAGAGCUUGAUCCCACGAUCCUGGGAUCAUGACCUGAGCCGAAAUCAAGAGUUGGAUGCUCAAAUGACUGAGCCACCCAGGCGUCCCUCUCUUUCUGACAUUGGUAUAAAUAAGGAUUUUUACGCAAGGCAUGAUGAAUGCUUAAUCUGAAAGAAGAGAUGGGUAAAUUAGACACUAAAAUUAAGAACUUUUAUUUAUCAAAAUAUUCACAAAGUGAAAAGACAAGCCAUAAAUUUGAAGGCGAUAUUUGUGAUACAUAUAAGUGACAAAGUAUAAUAUCUAGAAGUAUAAAUUUAUAUAGAAAUAUAAAAAACACUUAGCAUCUAGUAAGAAUAAAGCAAACAACCCAACAACAAAAAAAUGGGCAAAAGGAAAUCCAUACAGGUAAUAAACACUUAAAGAGAUACUCAGCCUCAAUAGGAAUCACGAAAAUGCAAAGUCAGAUCAAAAAUAAGACUGAUUAUAUCAUUUCAUUAUUGAGAAUCAGAUGCGUCAGAGAAGAUACGAAUCUUUUAUGUAUUGCUGAUCAAAGUAUAAGUCUUUAUUAUAUGACUUUGGCAAAUAACUUUUGUGUGGUAAUAUUCACUAUUUGAUUCAGAAAUACCAGUCCUAGAUGUGUAUCACAGAAAAAUCCUCACACACAUCCAUCGGGGACAUUUAGAAAAAUGUUCGUAGCACCAACUUUGUAAGAGAAAACAGAACAAAACAAUAAUAGAGUUAUAUAAAGUGCCCUGUAUUCACGUAAUAGAAUACUAUGAAUCUUAGUGAAAGACCCUAGUUCUACAAUAUUAGAAAAAAAAAAAGCAAGUCCUUUUGUAAGUGAUAUACUUAAAAAACCCAAAACCCCAAACCCAACCAAACAAGAAAAACUAAAUAAUAAUAAUAAUAAUGUUUACAGGUACAUGCAUGCAUGUAAUCAAACUAGAAGAAAAGAAAACAAGGGAAUGAUGAGAAAUUCAAGGAAGCCCCCCCCCACCCCGAUCAAGAAGCAGAAACAGGCUGGGGAGGCAGUGUGUAGGCAUGUGUAAAUUAUUAGGGACGUUUGGUUCUUGUGUCUAUAAGUGGCUUCAUGGGUAUUUCAUUUUCAUUAUAUUAAAUACAUAAUAAAAUCAACACACUAUAAGAAGUGAAGUCUCAACAUAAGGUCCUGUUGAAAACCUAAAGAUAAAACAUAAAGCCAUACAAAGUGAAAGAACGUGUACAGGUGAGUGGUUCGAGAGUCAGAACUCACCGCGCUUAGUAGGAGUGAGCAAUUCUUCACGAACCUUAUUUCCCUUUAGGUGCGUGAGCAUGGAGGUAGGUACGGAUUCACGAUAUAAAAUCCGUUUCUUAUUUUGAGCUGUGGUUAAACAAUAGUUUGACUGCCAGUAGCCCAAACAUCCUCUUGCCAAAGUACGACAGCGGAAAAGUACCUACAGGUUCACACCGGCAUUGUUAGCACAAAAACAAAAGUGCACAGAUGUAUACCCGCAGGGGAAUGGAGAGAGAAUCACACACUGGGAUACUACGCAGCAGUGACAAAUGAACCAAGCUGUAUGCAUCAAAAGCUCACAUACAGAAUGUCGGGGAGGGAAAAGCAAGUCAUAAAAACAACGUAAUCCUAUUUUUGUAAAGCUUAAUGUUAGGCAAAACUGAACAAAUGCUGAGGGACUCAUGCACACCAGAGGCUAAAGAAAAGCAAAGGAACGCUCACUACAAACCCCAGGAGAGUGGUUACUUUGGAGAUGGGAUAGGGUCAGGGACCAAAGAUGCUAUGAUCAGGAAGGGUCCCACGUGGGGCUUCGAAGGUACUGAUGGAGGUACACAAGGAUCUGUUUUUAUUACUGUUGCCAUUUAAAUCAUUAAAUGUAGGUUAUAUGCACACAUUCUUUUGCACAUAUGAGAAGUUUAUAAAACAGAAAGAAAAUGCUGACCAGCGUGUGCUGUCUGGUUCCUGGUUCCUCCUGCAGUUAAGAGGCUCGAUCCUGUCCCAGAUGCCUACCUAGUCUUGGCACUGGAAUCCCAGACCCAGUCUCUUUCCCUCCUGUCUGCCUUCCCUCUGCUUCCAGACGGGCCUUCCUAAACUGCAUCGCACACCAGGGUGGUGGUCUGCUCAAGCACCUUCUGUGGCUCCCCAUUUCUCACCCCAUAAGCCCAAAUUCCUUGGCUCUGCACAUUUCCCCCACCUGAAGGAUCCUUCCUUCCCUCUCCUCCUCUUUCCUUCAAGGCCCAUUCCAGGCCAGGGACCUCCACUCUCCCACCUGGGCUGACAGAACAGCCCCUUCCAGCCCCUGUCAGAACUCUGCAAGGUGAGGUCACAAAGCCCCCUGGGAGGGAGCAGCUUUGUCCCCAGAGGCGAGGAUUCUGGGAGCUCCUUGGGCUGGAGCUGGGCUUAGGUGCGCCCCGGAGGCUUGGAGAGACGACAGCUCUUUUCAUCAUGUGCGAGGAGGUACAGGCGACCGUGCAGAAACACACGCAGGGCCUGCGACACAGCAAGGAGGAGCUGAACAGGCUUAACCAGGCCAUCCAGCGGCUGACUGCGGAGGUGAACAGUGCUAAGAGUCAGCCCUGUGAACUAGACAGAGCCAGGGAGCCACGAGCUCUGCAGGAGAGUGCCUCAGAUAGUGCCCAGGGCAAGCUGGCCUGGCUGGAGGCCGCCCUGCAGCGAGCCAAGCAGGACAUGGCCCGGCAGCUGCGGGAGUACCAGGAGCUCAUGAUCGUGAAGCUGGGCCUGGACUUCGAGAUCGCCACCUACCGCAAGCUGCUGGAGGACGAGGAGAGCAGGCUUGGUCUGGGAUUUGGGGCAGGAAGCUUCAGAGAAGACGGCUUCUCCUCUGACAGCCGCGCUUUGCUCAGCCCUGGGCAGCGGGCUGGGCUCAGCCUCUGGCCCGGCCAACCUGCUGCCUCCCCGAGCGGGCUCCGGCGCCCUGGACACGAGCGCCCCUGGCGGCGGCUGCGCGCUCUGCGGCUCCCCCGGAUGCUUCGGGGGCUUUGGCUGCAGCGGUGCCCGCAGAUGUUGAACCUUCCUGCCAUGCCCUGGAGAAAAAGAACCCUAGCUUCUGCCCCAAGGACUUGACCCUCUGUCUCAGACACCCCCUCCCACGGAGCUAGCCGUCACCUCAUCUUUCCCUCUUGCCUGCCCCCACCCCGGAGCGUAAAGUCUUGGAAUCUAGUUUACCGGACGGUGACUGCCCGGUUUCCAGGGUGAAGAUGCUGAGCCACUGAGGAGGCCGUGUGGCUUACCUGGACCCAGCACCCUGUCCCUCUGACCUGCCCCCACCCCUUCACUCUUAUUUUCCUAGGACUCCUCCUUUGCAAUAAAAGUUCUUCAGUGGACUGAG